AGGCGCCCGCGCACUCGCCGCGACGCCCAGUCUCGCCAUUUUGCUCGAAUCAAGUGCGUUAUCUAGCGUGCCGCCACCGCGUCCCUGCUUCCCCGCGUCCACCAGCGCCGCGAGGACUCAGUCGCAAUCCUCCCGCCGUCAUCCACGCUCCGUGCGCGAGCACCCUGCCGCCCAGUGGCCGUGCUGCGCCGUCCUGCCGGCGCGAUCCUGUCGUACUUCGCGACCCUGUGACCGCUCUCCUCCACCCUGUGGUCGCACUCCAGCUUCGUGCGGCCGCGCUGCGCCACCGCCGUCGGCCCCGCCGGCGUCAGCGCGUCCGGGCAUUGCAGCGGCAUUGCAGCCCGCCCCCGCCAGCAGGGUCGUCGUCUAGACUGACGGCCGCCGGUCCAGCAUGGCCAGGACGGCCGAUUCAGCGGCGUGCCGCGCCCCCGCGCACGUGCUCAAGUGCGUCGCCUUGCUGCUGCUCUGCGCGUCGGUGUGUUCAGGCUUCGCCGUGCACAAGCGACACCCUCACCGCGGCCACCCGCACCACGGCCACCACCGCCAGCCCCCCGUCGUGGACGCCGCCAAGGCCGACGCCCCCAAGGUGGCCGCCUCGCACGACGCCCUGCUGGAGGCCAUGAGGGCCGCCGACCUGAGCGACACCGCCUGGGGCUCCGGGGACCACGACGUCGGCGAGGGGGUGCCGCUCUUCAUGAAGAUGCUCCUCAAGGAGACGGAGACGGGCGACAUCUUCAAGGAGCAGAACCAGCCCGUGGCGCCGCCCGUCCCCGGCAGCAGCAGCAGCAACACCACGCUGGCCAGCUGCCUGCAGCCGUCCAGGGUGUCCGUCGGCCGCGCCGGAGAGAUGGUGGUGGAGUUCCCCCACGACGGCGGCAACGGUAACGGCCUCUCCGGCUGGUGGCUGGUGCUGGCCCUGCAGCAGGGCCUGGAGAGCGUCGCCGACCUCCACCUGGCCGUGUACCUGUCCGGCUCCGAGGAGCGGCCCCUCGACGUGGAGCUGCUCGCCCAGCACCCGCUGCCCAACGCCUCCUUCGUCGCCGUGGACGUCACCAAGGCUGUGAACGUCACGGCGGCGCACUCCUGGACGCGGUUCAUGAUCGCCGUGAAGUCGACGGGGUCGUCGGGGUCGUCGGCCGACUCCCCGGCGACCGCCGCCACGGUGCUGGAGGUGGCCGGCUGGGAGCGCGGGCCGCUGCUGGUCGGCGCCCUGGACUGGGGCCACGGCGCCAGCGCCGACGCCGACAACGCCCUCAGGGUGUGGAAGGACGUCCCCCACGACGUGCUGCACCCCCCGAGGCCGCGCAGCCGCCGCCGGUCGCACCGCCGGACGACGAGCGCCACGACGGAAGGCCCGGCCUACACCUCGGCCGAGAACCCCCUGAAAAACGCCGCCAAGGCGGGGCUCGAGGCGCCCCAGGCCGGCGAGCAGGCCGACGCGGAGGAGUACUGCCACCUGGAGGCGUGGACGGUGUCCGUGGCCGACCUCGGCUGGGACUUCAUCUCGCAGCCCAGGAUGCUGGACAUCAACUUCUGCGUGGGCCGGUGCCCCACGCUCCUGCUGGACAAGCACUUCAACGCCAGCACCAACGCGCUCGCCCGCACCGGCAUCAAGAACACCAGGGGGACCGAGGCGGCGGGGAACAUCCCGGACGCGCAGUGCGUGCCGAUCCGCUACCGGCCGAUCGCGCUGCUCAUCAAGCAGCGCAGCGGCCAGGUGGACCUGUUCACGAGCAACGACCUGAGCGCCGACCGCUGCGGGUGCCGAUAACGCCUCGGUGCCGCGUGCCGUGCCGCAUCGUCACCGUGCCCCCUCCCCUCUCCCUCCCCCUGGGUCCGUGCCCUGGGUCACCAGGCCGCCAGGCCGCCGAGAGGGCGAGGACGCCGAGGACGGCCGAGGACGGCACGGGGCCGUACGCCCCGAGCCGCGGGCCGCGGGGAGGUCCUGGUUCCUCAUUGGCUGCGCCCGGCUGCCCCUUAUCAGGCGUUCGUCUUGUCACAUUUUGGGCCAAUCGGACGAUGGUGAUGGCCUUGGGGCCGCGAGGCCGCCAGGCCUGUCGCCGGGCCCCACUCGAAAAGCCCGAGUCACCAAAGCCAAGGUCAUUUGGGUCGUCCAGUGGCCUUGGAGUGCUUAGUUUUCUUAAGAUCUAGUGUGGGCUGGGCUGUGCAGGUGCUCGGCCCAUGCCUGUGUUGACAACAGCCGGAUGUGGCUGCUGUCUACGAUCCAGUACAAAUACAUUUAAGCAAAUUCGUCGAUGCAGACCUCCUCGGUGUAGCAACUGCUAGUUUUUACGGACGUGUGAAGGGAGUGCUUCGUUUUGUCAUCAGGAAAUGUUUGUUAAAAGUUAUUCUAAUUUAUAAGUAGAUAAAUUAUUAGUGCAUGUUUACAUUUUUCCUCUCUCACCUCCAUCUCUGUUAUGUAUUUCAUUCAGAAAGUCCUACGCGUACCUGUCUACUAUACCACUCCUUUGUUUUGUUGUUAAGUACUAAGCAGAGGUAUUGUUUAAAGGUGUAUGUGCAUAAUGAUAAUUAGUAUCUUUCUUAAUAAAACAUUCUCAAAUUUUUGGAAUUA